AAAAAGUUAAAGAGUAACUUUAUUAAAAAUAAUGCAUUUUCUAACAAAUUUCUUAAGACCUAAAAUUGUCUUUACAAAACUAUGCACACCAAAACUUGUUAAACAAGAAAUCAUUAAAAAAUAUGAUUUCUUGAAUCGUGUGAAUUUCCACAUAAAUUACUUAAUAAUUCUUGAAUUAGUUAAUUCAUUAUCUCAACAAAAGAAAUCAAUAACCAAUUCCUUGACCUCAUGUCAUGAACUUCCAACUUCUUGUUUUGCCAAUGUUGAAACAAAAGAAACUACUCCAGAAAGUCGGGAGCACUCUAAAUUGCCUUUGCAAAAGAUUAUAAUUAAACCCGGCAAACGAAACCAAUCUAAAAUAUAUCACCUACGUAACUUGAAUAAUUGGAUCAAGAAUAUGUUAAUAAUUGAAUAUAUCACUAAAAUAAGAGAACACCACCCAUCGUCGGGAGAUUCCCUUCGAGUGCUCGAGAUGUGUUGUGGCAAAGGUGGUGACCUCCUUAAAUAUUCCAAACAAAAUAUUGCUCAUUUAAUCUGCACAGAUAUUGCAGAAAUAAGCUUAAACCAAUGCAAGAAACGCUACUAUCGAUUAGCUCAGAGUUGUCAGUCUUGUUUCUCUGCCGAGUUCUUUCUUAGUGAUUGCUCUCGGGACAGAUUGAGAGCACAAUACAAGUCUCCUUGGUUGGAGCACCAUCUUGUUAGUUGUCAGUUUGCUUUGCAUUUUUCAUUUGAGUCUUAUCAACAAGCUGAUUGUAUGAUAAGAAAUGCCAGUGAAUGUUUGCAAUCAGGUGGCUUUUUUAUAGCAACAAUUCCAAAUGCAAAUGAAAUUAUGCGACGUUUGAGGGAAUCCUCAGAUGGCAGAUCCUUUGGGAAUGAAUAUUACAAUCUUCAGUUUUUGUCCGACACUCAACCGCCGCCAAUUUUUGGUGCCAAGUAUUUGUUUCAAUUGGAAGGUGUUGUUGAUUGUCUAGAGUUUUUGGUGCAUUUUCCAACUUUGGUUAAACUUUGUAGGAAACAUGGCUUGCAACUUGACAAAGUUAACAGUUUUUCAGAGUAUUUUGAGGCAUCUUCCAAGAGAGGUGAAAAUCUUUUAAGAAAAACUGAAUGUCUUCAAACGGUUUAUAUUGAAAAAGAUUCAAAAAUUGAAGAAAACUUUAGCCAUAUUGAGAAUUUUGCAAAUGAAAACCAGUGUUGGUCAAAUAACUAUGGAACACUAUCGAAACCAGAAUGGGAAAUAGCAACUUUGUAUCUUGUUUGUGCAUUUAGAAAAUGUGAUAAUACUUGGGAUGAUGAGUUGAACCCAAUAUAUAACUUUGAUAGUUAGUAGCAUAUCCAACUGGAUAGUAGAUUUAAAACUUAAGAUUGAUAAACGUGUUUCUUGGGUCUGAAACUAAACUACUUUUAACUAGAAUAUGGAAUGAUUGUACCCAAACGUCACAGAAUAUUACCAAUAUUGUGUGGAAAAAUGAGAAAAAUUACUUAAAAUUUUAUUUUUUAGAUAUUUAACACUUUAUAUUACAAUAUGACUUUUCUGUCACUGGUCUGCUGGGAAAUCCUCCUUUUUAUAAAACUAUAUUUUCUGAAGGAUUUUUAUAGACGGGAUCCGAAUCUGAAGUCAAAUUUUUGCUAGCACUUUACGUUUUUUAGAUUUUAGGAAAUCUCAAAAACCCAUUUUUUUGCUGUUUUCGAAGCUAUUUUAGAGCCCCCGCACACUACAGACUUUCUAUCAGCCGAUAGUUUAGUCGGGUUGGGCUCCUAGUGUGCGCACAGGCAGGCGACUAAAUAGUCGGCUGGGCAUGAAAUAUUUUAGUUUGAAGGCAAUUGUGUAGCAAAACAAACUUUUUUUUUGAUCAAACAAACUUUUUGAUCGGCCGAUACUUAAUCGUUGUAGUGUUCGCACUCUCAUACAUUUUCAUUCUGAUUAAGAGCCCGACUAAACUGUCUGCCGAUAGAAAGUUUGUAGUGUGCGGGGGCUCUUAAGGUAAUCUUUUUCAACUAAAUUUGUCACGAUUUAUGAAAGAACUUGUUUUUUUCUUUCAAAUUCAGUUUCAAUCUUCUCAAUAUCUCUUUUCUUCUCCGAGAUAUUUACAGUUAAGUAAGUUAAGUAAGUUUGGCUUAUCUUGCCAUAAAGAAACUGAUAUUUAAACAUUCAUAUUUCUUUCUCCCAAGCAAAAAAGUAAACUUUUCUAAUGUAUUUUAGUGUGCUGAUUUUGAAUCCGAAUUCAAAAAUUUUAUUCCUAGGUAUAAGCCUUAACUGAAAUUUGGCUCUUAAUGUAUCUUAUUAUAGUUUUCUCUACAUAUUUGACUUUUAAUUUAUAACGGGCGUUGAGAUUUUACAUUUCCUUUAAUUAAGUUGCUUUUGUUCAUGUGGGUAAUUUUGUACUUAUUUUAAAGUUAUGCUUAUUUUAACUGUUUGUUAACAUUUUCCAGAAAUUUUCUUAUCAAACCUAAUGCAUUUGGGUUCACUUAGCCUAAAAAUCACACUGGUUGUUUUCUAGGAGCUCUAUUUUUUAGAUAUUUUAAUUUUUCACAUUUUUGGGGUAAUUUCAUACUAUUUUUUUUUUUAGAUUCCAUUAUUA